UCCAAUGUAUUUUAAAUAUAGAUUCCAUGUCACAAUACAUUGACAAAUUCCAUUGAAACGUUGAUUUAACCAGUUUGUGCCCAGCAGGUAUGCUUUCCUUAUUGGUUGUGGUGCAUUGGCACGAAACCUGUUGGUGGAAAAUUUGUUGCAAAUAUAAUUACAGCAUAAACAUUUUGAAAAUCAGAUUUCCAACUAGCUGAUCAUUGUCUGCAGCCGGUUCUGAUCGUAGUGUAGGUCUACUGAAACAGGAAGGGAAAGUUCAUUUGUCUGUGGUGGUCGGCGAACCCUCAACCUUCUGGCCCGUAGCCAUCGACUGUGCCACAAACGCAUGCUGAAGUGGCAAAGUUGAUAUCCAGGUUUAUAAACACAGGUUCGCUACAGUUAUUGUUAUUUGUGGACAUAUCUGUUUUUUAGUUAAUUCUAUAAGGAGAGAGUGUGUUAACUUUUUCUGCAGUACAAGGGGGGGUCGUUUGAAAAUAUUAACAUUGGGGAGGGGUGCAUUUCUUUUAUGGCACCUCAAGUUGUUUGUUGUCGGUGAGGAAGGAGAUCUGUCUGUUCUCUGUCAAGGGGUACUGCAAACAAGGAGGUAAAGUUAAAGAGGGAGAGCGUUGCUGGGAUGUUUAACUUUCCCACAUUUGCUUUGGCAGAACACCUGAGAUCAGGGGAACUUUUUGCCCCUUUUUUUACUCAGGCAGAAUCCAGGAUAGCUGGCUGGGUAUGAGUUUAUCUAGAUCUAAAGGUUGUCAGGAGAUACACAAUACCAUAUCCUCCUCAUAGGACAACAUACAACCAUGUACUGUACAUCCACAAUAAUGGACUAUGUUGUACUUUAUUUGAUAAAACUUUCAAAGCAACACUAGAAGCCUAGCAUCGAUUUUGUGAAUGGAGGCCAUGGCAAGAUAUUAUGUUGUCCUUCUGGCUAACAAGAGUCUCAUGACACACUGUUACAUAACUGUAACAUCUGUUAUAUAAACCUAACGUAUGUUCAGAUUAAUGUUGGAGCAUCCACUAUAAAAGGCCCUACAAUUGGGAAGUGAAGAAUGGUCAGACUUCGUUUGCUCUGCCAGAAAAACAACGAUCUCGAGAGUCUUCUGUGACUCUUCUAAGAUACAAAGGUGCAGUAGGUUAUAUCAUAUUAAACUAGAUACAAAUAUUUCACAGUGUGAAUGAAGUACAUUCUUGGAAUGGGAAUUGGCAAUGGGGAUUAGUUGCUUUACCAUUGGCAUUUCCUUAUGCUUCACAGCGAGGGAUCCAAACUGUGUACAUUUUGAAGCCAUGAGCCACGGAUUCAGUGAAGUUCAACGUCCCUCCACAGUGUCCUCUGUGACCGAGCCCAUGUGCGUACUCACCACAGAGUGGGUGUGGUUCUGGGAGGACGAGUACGGCAAAUGGGUCCAGUACGCAUCCAUCAAAGAGAUGCACAGAUUGUCGUCCAUCACCAGUGAAGACCUUGAGAAAAGGUUCCAGGAGGAUCAAAGUGCUGUGGUGAAGUUCACUGCAGGCCAGCAGUCUUAUGAGCUGAGUUUCAGAGACAUGACGCAAAAAAACAAAAGAUACGGUACUGUAAGGAUGGUCAGGCGUCGUCCUGUGUUUGUUUCAACUGCAGACAGCAGGACCAAUAGAACAUACAAUUCCUCUCAGAAUUUCAGAGAUGUUCCUGGAUUUUGGGACAAGUCUGCCAUACCUGACAUUGGAUAUAAGACAGUCACUCUUCUGAGUUCUGACGGGGACUAUCAGAAGGUCCAGAGACUUUUCAACAACACCAUGAGGGGCUUCCAGAUCACCAGCAUCGAGAGGGUCCAAAACAGGGACCUCUGGGAAGUCUUCCAGUGGAAAAGAGAUUUGAUGAAGAAAAACAAUGGAGGUAAAAACAGCAAGGAGCUACAUCUCUUCCACGGAACGGACCCAAAACACGUAGACGCCAUUUGCAGAGAUAACUUUGACUGGAGGCUGUGUGGAACCAAUGGAACUGUGUAUGGCGAAGGGAGUUACUUUGCCAGGGAUGCCAAGUACUCACACAGCUUCACCAGCCACUCAGGAGUGAGGUCCAUGUUUGUUUGUUGGGUGCUUGUUGGUGACUACACAAGGGGUAAUUCGGCGCUCCGUCGUCCCCCUCCAAAAGGCGAGGGAAAUCCCACUUUCUAUGACAGCUGUGUGGACAAUGUCCUGAACCCAUCCAUAUAUGUGGUGUUUGAAAAGCACCAGGUGUACCCCGAGUUCCUCAUCAGAUAUGAUGAUGGCGUCAUGCACUUGUCCUCUUCGGCUCCGGCUCCACCAAAAACGGUCUCUAUCCAAUCCACUUACAUAGUCCAAUACCCAGCAUCCAACCAGAUUCAAGCAGCAGCUUCUGCUACGCUGCAAAACUCUCGAGUUCCAUCCACUUCCACUUUGAGUCCAUCUCAAGCAGCCACCACUUUCUCUAAUCCAACCAACUCUCUUCCCCCUUCACGUCUCCCAAAACCUGCCCGAACCAAAUUGGGAUUCAGUCAAUCUGCAGUCAUCAUGAAGCCAGCCCCAAGUUCUCAAUUGGUGGAUACCACCAAGCUAAUUGGUCUUACACUCCCUCAUUCAGCAAACUCCCUCAUAAAAUCAUUACCCAAGCCAGCGCCCCCUCUCGUACACCCACUACCCCACCCAGCACCCCCUCUUGUACACCCACUACCCCAGCCAGUAUCCCCUCUCCUACACUCCCUACCCCAUCCAGUACCCCCUCUUACAUACUACCUACCCCAUCCAGUACCCCCUCUUACAUACUACCUACCCCAGCCAGUACCCUGUCUUAUACACGCAUUACCCCAGCCAGUACCCCCAGUACCCUCUCGUACAACCAGUAACCCCUCUCGUACCAUCACUACCCCAGCUAGUACCCCCUCUCGUACACCCACUACCCCCUCUCGUAUACCCACUACCCCAGCCAGUACCCCCUCUCGUACAACUACUACCCCAGCUAGUACCCACUCUCGUACACCCACAACCCCAGCCAGUACCCCCUCUCGUACACCCACUACCCCAGCCAGCACCCCCACAACCCCAGCCAGUACCCCCUCUCGUACACCCACAACCCCAGCCAGUACCCCCUCUUGUACACCCACAACCCCAGCCAGUACCCCCUUUCGUACACCCAGUACCCCCUCUCAUACACCCGCAACCCCAGCCAGUACCCCCUCUCGUACACCCAGUACCCCCUCUCGUACACCCACAACCCCAGCCAGUACCCCCUUUCGUACACCCAGUACCCCCUCUCGUACACCCACAACCCCAGCCAGUACCCCCUUUCGUACACCCAGUACCCCCUCUCGUACACCCACAACCCCAGCCAGUACCCCCUUUCGUACACCCAGUACCCCCUCUCGUACACCCACAACCCCAGCCAGUACCCCCUUUCGUACACCCAGUACACCCAGUACCCCCUCUCAUACACCCACAACCCCAGCCAGUACCCCCUUUCGUACACCCAGUACCCCCUCUCAUACACCCACAACCCCAGCCAGUACCCCGUUUUAUGCGUCCACUAGGCCACCCAGCAUCCCCUCUCGCACACUUACUCCUUCAGCCUGUGCCCCCUCUCGCACACUUACUCCUUCAGCCAGUGCCCCCUCUCGCACACUUACUCCUUCAGCCAGUGCCCCCUCUCGCACACUUACUCCUUCAGCCAGUGCCCCCUCUCGCACACUUACUCCUUCAGCCAGUGCCCCCUCUCGCAAACUUACUCCCUCAGCCAGUGCCCCCUCUCGCACACUUACUCCCUCAGCCAGUGCCCCCUCUCACACACUCAUUACCCCUGGCACUGCCCACACUCGCACACUCACUCGCUCAAGCAACCCCUUUCGUACACUCACUACCCCUGCCAGCCCCCCUUCUCGCACACUUUCCCGUUCAACUGACACAUCCUCUCAGGCUCACACCUGCUCAACGACUACUACUCGCACCCUCUCUGCCAGUAGUACCUCUCACCCACUAUCCCCUUCAUCCUCAUUGAGCACACCUUACCACACACUUUCUCACUCAUCAUACACCCACACUUACACAGACUCCUCCACACUCUCAGGGUUUCACCACUCCACAUCGAGCACUACUUCUGACACAUUUACUACUAUCACAUCAUCUAGAGUGCAGGAGUUAAUUAAACAAUUUGGUGGUCAAAGUUCAACCUGUUGAAAAUGUGUAGUGUUUCUGAAUGAUAAUUGCCGUUUCAUGUCAAAUAUGCAUCGUUGGUGUGUUAAACCCAAUAAAACAAACAAGAAUGACGUUCAACACAGCAGGUUGGUGGCACCUUGGGGAGAACGGUCUCGUGUUAAUGACUGGAGCAGAAUAGGUGGAAUGGUAUCAAACACAGUUUCCAGGUGUUUGAUGCCAUUCCAUUAUUAUGAGCCAUUCUCCCCUCAGCAGCCUCCUGUGAUGUUCAACUAGUAAAAAGGAAUCUGAUGAGCAUGUUUCCUUUACUCUGGGACAUCUAUUCUGCUGACACAUUUUGUAAAGUAGUUGGAUUUCUGUGUUUUCUGUGUAUUCAACUAAAUAAACUAAAUGGCCAAUAGAAAGUCA